AUUAAUUCUAGAAAAUUCAUUCUAAAAUUUACUAUCAAUUCGAAAUGCAACGUGCAUAAGAUCGGUAGGAAAACUCAACCUUCUCCAUGUUUACUUCCCACACUUCUCCCAACAAUAACGUCAAUUGAUACUUUGCGCCUUUCACUUAUUAGACCAUCAAUUUCGCCGCGCGAUGAUUCAUGUAGAGUUUCGCUACAUGUGCCAAGGUAUUGUUACUAUCGAAGAGAAAAAAAUGCUAUUUGUUAGUCUUAUUGGCCUUAUCAGACAAAUCUAAGACGAGAAAUCUUCUUAAUUUUGGUCUUAAAUCGGUCAGAAAAGUUAGCCCUCGAGUAAGAAUUGCACUUACUUCUGCAUAUAGUGUCAGAUAACAAAUAGAAUAUGUCUCUUUUAUCAAUCUGGGUAAGAAUCAUGAGUGAAUUUAGUAAACAACUACAAAUGCACAGUUUUUGAGUAAUCACACGUACCCCGCAGUAGUUAUUGGUUUUCGCGGAAUAAGCGUACCAUCUAUUUUCAUCAGCUUCGAAAAAUCAUUUCGUUACCAUCAGUAUCUCGAAAAAGUAUGUUGCGUUACCAAUCUCUGUCUUUCAAGAGCAUAAUAACAAACUUUUCCAUUAUAACAGCACAGCUUUACAUUCCAAGAUAUAGCUUGACUAAAUCUGUGGACUUCGAUUUCUGAGUUUUGAAAACAUACUAGUAGAAGUGCUCUAGGAAAAUUUAUUUGAUGGUGAUUUUCUAAUCUCUGGACUUUGUUUGAAAUUAAAAUAUGAUUUUCAGAUUUUUGCUGAAAUAAGAAACGCAAAUACUCAAUGUGCUACACCAGUUUGCCUACAAUGAGUUUGUUUUCGAACGGAAAAGCGGUGCUCAGAAAAAUCAUAAUUUCGAACGAAAUCCAAGGUAAAAUGCCGCAUCAGACUUUCAAAUAUAUUCAUCUAGAACUUGACUCUAUUGACCGCUUGGUUUGACUUCAAAACUUGAUAGAAACAUUGUCAAGAACUCUUUGAUGAUACAUCACUUGUUUGAAUUCCUGCUAUUCUUUUCUUUUUUCACCGCAGCUUUUAAGUUUUCAUCCAAUUCAAAGAUUUUUGCAUAGAACAGUUAUCAACGACAAGUUACUCGCUAAUUCACCUUGCGCAAUUGUUUAUGUUCAACUGACGUCAGUAGUCUGGUAUGUUUUAAAGUCAAUCAGAGAAUAGAAAAAAGCUGUAAUCAAUCAGCCCUAUCUAUUUUUCAUUCGCUUUCUGCUUACUAAAGACCAAACCCAAUUUAGAAGUUUAUGAUUUGGGCUCAAUAAAGCAGAGCUUACAUCUCAUUUUCUUCACGUUGAAGAAGCUGCUAUCUAAUACACCAAACACUGAACAAUACUUUAAAAAUAUUACUAUCAUUGUUAUUUUUUAUAGCCGGAUUCAGCUAACUUUUGAUUUAGAAACUCAGUAGUGAUGCAAAACUCGGUAGUGAAAAAAAACAGUAAUUUUAACAAAGGUGAGGCGGAGUUAAGCAGCACAAGAGAUACAUAAAAACAACCACACAGAGGCGAAGCACAGCAUCGCACCUUUUGAGAUACAACACAAAUAGGAGGCACACGACAGAAAAAGAGACAAAGCCGCUAAGUCAAAAAACGUAUGAAAUGAAUGCCAAAGAGAUUACUACAAUUUUCAAACGUUUGUUUUAUAUGAUAUUGUCAGUCUAACUCGAAAUCAAAAAUUCGUCAACAUUAAAACUCAAAAGAAGGAAAACGAAAGAUGGUUAUUGUAAUUAAUGACUCAAAACUUCAACAAGCAUUAAUGGCAUAAAGCCUUUAAAAUGAUUGAAAGGCUAGCAAAUUGUCAUAAGUAUUCAAGUACAUUGUAAUAAGCAUUUUGAAAAACUUACCCCGCGCCAUUUAAGCCGACAAUACUCGGGUCUAUUGAGCCGGAAAAAAAUUUGUCCUAAAAAUUGAGCUCACGAAGUUCCGCAACUUACGCUUUUUUUCAUCCUGGUUCAAGUUUGAUGUUCCACGAAGUUUGAUGGUUCAAGUUUGAUGUUUCGCGAAAUUGAGCAUGGCCCAACGGAUUAAAAUUCUUACGAGCUGAAAUCAGUGGGCAAAGUUUCUAAUGAGAAAAAAAAUCAAUGCAAAAAUUGAAAAAAAAAAGUUUUCAAUGUCUUAUAAAUUGUUGAUUUGCAAAAAACUCUGGUAGGAGUAGCGAGAGAGAACUGAAAUACAGAUCCAAAUUUAUCCAUAAUUGGACGAGAUUAGAUUAAAAUAAUCACAGAGCCAAAAGCUGGCUCUUCUUCCCGUAGUUUCGUCAAUAUAUCAAAAAUAUUCAAAUCAGCAUUUCUCGACAAAAAGUUUUAGGAGAGCAAAAAAAUCUCCAAAUAGGGAAUCCAGAAAAAAUGCCAGAGUCAAUCAUUAAUCAGCUUGCUUUGGGUACCUCGGAUCGACAAAAAAAAACAACUUUUGCAUGUCUCAAGUAACAUGCAGCAACUGACCCAAUUACAUAGAUAAAAUAAUCAACGCUGAAAUUCAACCAUGGCCUAAAAAGUAAUCACUUUAAUUCCCAACCGGGAACCUUGGGAGGCGAUCAGUGUUUAAUUCUGCGAUCUGGAAGACAGUAGAAGUAGAUACUCGGAGCACAAACAAACGCUCUAGUGUUAUAUUUGAAUUAUGGCAGCCAGACUUAAUUAAGUUAAAAGCUCUCCCUUCGCUGUCUUACCACAGCCUUCACUGUUAUGUUGUUUACCAGUGGUAGUGACAACAGGCAUCGAGUGAAGUGUUUGCUGUCAAACAAACAAACAAAGAGACAAAUAAACAAACAUCUUCGCAAAAGUGCCUGUGUUUCGAGAGACACUUUUAGCCGGAAGGAAAUCCGGUUCAAAGAAGUCUAGUAAAAGCAGACUGAUGAAAUCACUCUUUCUAAUAGAGCUAGAGAGAGAGAGAGAGAGCUCCCCCUUUUUAGUAAUUUCUCAAAGCAAAAUAUUGAUUUGUAUUUUCUUAUUUCACAUUGACAAUCAGAUUUCCUGUUUUUCACAAAAAAAACCUAAAAAUAGGAAGCAUUGCAUCGCUUCGUUGGGAUAGCACGAUUGGGUCUCCGUUUUCAGAUGUCUCUUCUACGCAUCAAAACUCGUUCUAUAUAAUCAGAAAAGUAUUAUUUAAGCAACUGGUGCUAUCAGCCAGCUAAGUCCACAGAAUUUGCGUAAUUUCCAGCAAAUAGGAAGAUUCCUUUAUUCUAAACCGAGAAUACAAUACUUAUCUUCAAUCUCUCUUCUGGUUCAAAUUCUAGCAUUUCAAAGAUUCGCACGAGCUGUCAGUUUUCUCCUUGAAAUAUUUUUAAAGUCUCCAGUUGAAAAUACAAAAAAAUUGCUUUAAACUUAUUUAGUUACGAGAAAAUUUAGAUAGUUACAAGAAUCUGCCUAAAAAUUCUUCCAAACAAAUCAUCGAGUUGCUUCCAGCUGCUUCUUCAAAUCACGUUUUGUCAUCAUUAGAAGAGAUAAUCCCAGCUCAUACCUUCCCUUUACAAUUGUUUCUGCAUCUGUCUUUUAAUUAAUUUAGGUGACGUCAGCUACCAUAACACCAGAAGAUAUCAGCCAGUAUACGGGGGUUAAAAUCAUUACUGAUAUACUCAAUGGCAGCCAAGGCUUUUAACUUUUCAAAAAUCGCACUGAAUUGUCACGCUUUCAAUCAGAAUUUUAAAUCAUAAUCUCUGAUUGUCUAAACCAAUUUUCGGAUAUGUAGUCCUUCGAACAGGUGACAUUUCCUCUUUUAAUAGUACCUAUUGGAUACAUUCCGCUAAUCUCCAAUGGAUCUUUUACUCCUGUUUACUUCCAAGUAUGUUUGCCUUAAAGCCAUUCAUUUAACUCCAGAUGUUUCUGCCUUCCAAAGUUUUCGUGUGAUUUAUUGUCAGCUGUCUCAGCGGCUACGAUCAAAAUAGUAAUUCAGAGCAUACAGAAUGACAAUUUUUGGUUAUUUACUCCUCAAGUUUUUGAUUGAAAACACUUAAUUGUAUAAAUUUGAGCUCUACUAGAAAAACGGUGUUAAAUUACUUUUAUUAACAAGUUAUCAAACCUUAUUCAGAAACAAAGUGAACACGAUCUCGAAAUUCUUCCUAUUAGAGAACCGCAUAACUAAACCGCCUUACUCAGAAUAUCUUUUCACGUCAACCACGACCAGCCCACAUGUGAAAAACUGAAGAGUUAUUGACUGAAAAUUGAUUACAUUGGUAAUCUUCUUUGAUCUCUAACUUUCACAUUUAGUGUCUAUAUUGUGUCCUAGAUUUCUCUGGACCAAUUCAAAUUAUAACGUCCAGUUUAUCCUCGAACAGAAUACAAUUAAAUCAAAAAAUAUACUAGAUUUUUGUUCAUUUGAAGCGGCACUUUAUGAAACAGCUGUACUCAUUACUCUAUCUAUUUCGAAAAAAGUCACAAGUAUGGUUAUGGCUGCACCACAGAAAAAUUAUCUACACAUGCUGUUUGUCUUCAUGAUACUCGUUCAGCUGAAACACAGGUCUAUCUGUGCCCAACACAACACUCCAGAUCAGAUUUUGAAGAAGCUGCUAGAUGAAGGUCAUUACGAGAAAAGACUACGGCCGCUCAGUGCAUUGAAGCCUCUGAUGGUGGAGUGCACUCUCUACGUAGUGAGUCUGGGUCCAGUCAGCGAAGUCGACAUGACUUUCAAACUGGGCAUCUACUUCCGACAGUACUGGACUGACCCCAGACUGCGUUUCAACUCCACUCUAGACAAGAUAGUGUUGAGCCAGGACCUGCUGGAAGACCUGUGGCUGCCAGACUCCUUCUUCCAGACUGAGACGGAGAGUUACAUACACGAGGUCACAAAACCCAACGUCUUCUUCAGACUCCACAAGGACGGCAGAAUUCUCAUGAGCAUCAGAGUCACAGUGACGUCACGAUGUCCGAUGGAUCUACGACUUUUCCCGAUGGAUACUCAGGAGUGUGAGUUGCGGAUAGCGUCUUGGGGAUUCACUACAAAUGACCUGCAGUACGAGUGGCUGCGCAACACACACAUGAAUGCACCGCCCAUCAAACUGGCAGAAGACAUUACACUUUCUAAUUUCAGAGUGGUCAAUUAUCAAUGGAACAGUUACAUCAGGAACUUAUCCACAGGCGAGUGGGACACUUUAGCAGUGACUUUUCGCUUCGGCAGAAAUACACUCUACUUCAUCAUCCAGAUGUACAUUCCUUCCACUCUCAUAGUCAUGGUCUCUUGGGUCUCCUUCUGGGUCGGCAGGGCAUCCGUACCGGCACGGGCAGCCCUCGGAAUCACCACUGUCCUCACACUUCUUACUCUGAUCUCAUCCACCAAUGCAAACAUGCCUAAAAUAUCCUACAUGAAGGCCAUUGAUGUCUACUUCGCCGGCUGCUUUCUCUUCGUGUUUGCCAGUUUGAUUGAGUUUGCAGCUGUGUGUUACCUGGACAAAUCCAGGGUACGCAGGCCGACUCCCAGCAAUCCAUCAACGGGAGCUGACACUGCAAAAAGCAGCACUAAAUCUAGGGGCCCUCAGCUCACUGACAGCAAUGCGGAGCUUCCGAGGCGUGCCAGUUCUUAUCUCCUAUCUUCUAUGCCUGAUGACCUUACUGGGUCCAAGACAUCACUUCAAUAUGCAGUUGAGCUGUCCCAACUGAAACAAGAGAGUCUGAGACGCCCGCACAAUGCACGACCAGGGGGCGGAAUACGUUACUCUCAACAUUACGACCACAACCUCAAUUACAACAACAGCAGCAGCAAUAUUACACGGCGAAGCAGCAGAAGACUAUCCUGCUCAUUGCGAAGACCCUCGAUCCGAAUAAAAAACGAACAGGGUGAUAUCAAUGUCGGCUCUAUCGACCGAUUCUCACGAUACUUUUUCCCACUGACAUUCACUACUCUAAUGUGCAUGUAUUGGUCCAUCUAUUACCAUAUUAGCACCCAGUUGGAACCAAUAGGUGAAAACGGAAUCAUUCUAUGACCUCAAAUAUUUCCAGUUUUUAAAAAAGCCACGAAACUUUUUACUCAAGAGCACAUGCAAAAAAAUCAUUUGAAGCUCUAUUUAUUUACAAGCUAGAAGUUUCGAAUAUCGUGGAAAUAUAAUACAAUUUAAUACUAUUAGUUUCUUUUUUUUCUUGAUCUGGUGACAAGCGAGGCCUGCGUAAAACUACCUUGUCGGAUGCUUAAAAAUCAGCAUUUAUAUCAAUAAAAAUCGAAUUCUUCUCAAUUAAUUUGCGUAAAAAGCCAGCCUACAUCAAUUAGCAGCUGGUGCUCUGAUAGCUUAACUGUGGAACUGCAGGUUUACUCAAAGUUAAAAUAUCUCGGACUUGUGAUCAGACCUG